GCAUCAGGAGGUCCCAGCCGGGUCCGGUGCCACUGCGCGCUCUGCUGACGCAAACACGUCACUGUAGUCCACCGCAUGGCCGUCCGCAAUGUCCCCAGGACACAGCCCAGGGAGGGACCGAGCAGAGUCACUGAGCCACUCUCAAGCUGAGCCGUCCGACCACCUGUUCAGGAGCAGUCGCUGUUGACCCUCACGUGGAAAUAAUAUGCGGGACGGGAUCUGCUCGGAGCGCACAGAGCGGGACGAGCCUGAAGCGGAGUGGGAGUGAGAGGGAGCGGAGCCGGAGCCCGGAGCUUCCGCAGCAGCGCACGUUGAGGCUGCAAGUUGUCUGACCGAACAAAAGUCGCGUCGACGGGGACGCGCUCCAGGAUUCAACAGCUUUUACAGGAACUCUUGUUUCAGCAAAAAUGAAAUUCGCGGAGCAUCUUGCGUCCCACAUCACCCCAGAGUGGAGGAAACAAUAUCUCCAGUAUGAGGCCUUCAAGGAUAUGCUGUACGCUGCCCAGGACCAGGCUCCGUCCAUGGAAGUGGCAGACGAAGACACGGUAAAAAGAUACUACGCAAAGUUUGAGGAGAGGUUCUUUCAGACCUGUGAGAAGGAGCUUCUGAAAAUCAACACAUUCUACUCAGAAAAGCUUGCCGAAGCCCAGAGACGAUACGUGACACUGCAGAAUGAGCUGCAGUCAUCGCUGGAUGCUCAGCGCGAGAGCACCGCUCCGCCCGGCCUGCGUAAACGCAAGACGAUGUUCCACCUAUCGCAGGAGGAGCGCAGCAAGCAUCACAACAUUAAGGACCUGAAGCUAGCCUUCAGCGAGUUCUACCUCAGCCUCAUCCUGCUCCAGAACUACCAGAACCUGAACUUCACUGGUUUCCGAAAAAUCCUGAAGAAACAUGACAAGAUCCUGGACACGAGUCGCGGCGCCGACUGGCGUGUUGCUCACGUGGAGGUGGCCCCGUUCUACACCUGCAAGAAGAUCACACAGCUCAUCACCGAGACCGAGUCGCUGGUAACCACGGAGCUGGAGGGGGGAGAUCGUCAGAGGGCCAUGAAGAGGCUGAGGGUUCCCCCACUUGGGGCAGCUCAGCCGGCUUUGGCCUGGACGACUUUUCGGGUCGGUCUGUACUGCGGCUUCUUCGUCAUCCUUGCGGUGGCCUUCGUUCUCACUGGCGCGGUGUUUAUCCGUAAUGAGAACGUGUGGCCUCUGGUGCGGAUCUAUCGGGGCGGUUUCCUGUUGAUCCAGUUCCUCUUCCUGUUGGGGAUUAACACCUAUGGAUGGAGACAGUAUGGCGUCAAUCAUGUCCUCAUCUUUGAGAUCGAUCCCAGAAACAACCUCUCACACCAACACCUGUUUGAGAUUGCGGGUUUCCUGGGUGUGAUGUGGUGUGUCAGCAUCCUCUCGUGUCUCUACUCAGAGUUCAUCCACCUCCCCAUGCAGAUCAACCCUCUCGUCCUUUACGGUUUCAUGGUGCUCUUCCUCAUCAACCCAUUCAAAACCUGCUACUAUAAAUCACGAUUCUGGCUCCUCAAACUACUGUUCCGUGUGUUUACGGCACCAUUUCACCGGGUGGAGUUUGCAGACUUCUGGCUGGCGGAUCAGCUCAACUCCUUGGUGUUUGUUCUCAUGGACCUGGAGUAUCUUUUCUGCUUCUACAUCUUUGAGCUUCAGUGGAGCAACGAAAAGGGACUUCUUCCCAAAGAUACUAAAAACCACAUCUGCCACAGCUACUCAUACGGCCUGCGAGCCAUCAUUCAGUGUCUGCCCGCCUGGCUGCGUUUCAUCCAAUGCCUGAGGCGUUAUCGCGACACCAAGAGGGCCUUCCCGCACCUGGUGAAUGCUGGGAAAUACUCCACCACCUUUUUUGUCGUCACCUUUGCGGCCCUCUACGCCACACACAGAGAACAAGGACAUACGGACGCCGACAUGUUCUUCUACCUGCUGAUCGUGUUCUCCAUCGUCAGCUCUCUCUACACACUGAUCUGGGACCUGCGUAUGGACUGGGGUCUGUUUGAUCGUGGAGCUGGAGAAAACACGUUUCUGAGAGAGGAAAUUGUUUACCCACACAAGGCCUACUACUACUGUGCCAUCAUAGAGGACGUAAUUCUGCGCUUUGCCUGGACGAUCCAGAUCUCUCUCACUACAAUGACCAGAGGUCACUCUGUGGGCGACAUCGUGGCCACCGUGCUUGCUCCUCUGGAGGUCUUUAGGCGUUUUGUGUGGAACUUCUUCCGUUUGGAGAACGAGCACCUGAAUAACUGCGGUGAGUUUCGUGCGGUAAGAGACAUCUCUGUGGCGCCACUCAACGCUGAUGACCAGACCCUGCUGGAGCAAAUGAUGGACCAGGAGGAUGGUGUUCGGAACCGCUCAGGCAAAAAGACCUGGAAGAGGUCCCACAGCCUGCCACUCCGCCGCCCUCUGCUGUCCACCUCACAAUCAAAGAAAGACACAAAGGUGCUGAUUGAAGAUACGGACGAUGACGCCUUCAGCUGAAUCCUUUGCAUCAACAUCCACACUCUAUACUUAUAAAGACCUUCACUCUCACACUUCUCAACCUUCUCCUUUCACAGUUUAAAUGUACACCUGUAACCUUUAACCCUUCAGUCGGCAAGGACUGCCCUCAAGUCAAAAUUACCUCAUUUCUACGUGCUUGUGAUUAGAGCUGGUCUUCAUAGGUAUGGAAAACACACAGUAGAUUGCAGAGACACACAAUAAGAAACCCGCAGAAGCACAAGCGCAAUGUCAUGUACUGUUGAGGAGAGAACUGGUGUCACACAGAUGGACAAACAAAAGAAAUCAUCGGAUAACUGUAAAACCAGACCCACACUGCCUGGAAUUAUCAACCGCUUUCUUAAACGGACUUUUUAAAUAUCUGUUGUUUUUUUUUUUACUUUGAGAUGUUUAGUUCAAGAAUCUUUCAUUUCUCUUCAGAACAGGCUGCAGAAGACUGUUUACACUCCUUUUGAACACCAUUAGGAUCUGCAGGGAGAAGACAAAGCCAAUCAAAAGACUUAUCUGCAUAUCAGAACUAAUCAACUGGUUUCAACUUGUUGAUUCUUUUUAUACUUCUUUUAGUAUUUUUAUUAUUUUCUUGUAACGUGCAAAAUCGCAACCCUGAAGGCACUUGCAGGAAAAGUGCAUUUAGAUCACAAAAAAGGUACUUCAAAAGAGAUGAUUUGGUUCAAGCAUUUUGCAUGUUUGAAGUUUCUUUGUUUGUUCAUUAUCACUGUGGUUAUAGUACUUCUAGAUGUUAUUUAUACUAACUAGUGUGACUAGAUUGGACAUCCUCACGAUGAUCGUUGAUGUAUUUUAUAUUCUGUGGAAUGUUUUUCGUGGUUAAACUUGUGCCACAUUUUUUGAUAAGCUAAUAUUUAACCCCCAAUAGAAGACGACUAGUGGAAUUUGAAAUCACAGUACUGGUUAAGAUUUGUGAAGUGAUACUAAAUUUUUUUACUAGAACAUUCUUCUUCAUGAACGUAAUAGGAGCUAGGGUAAAUGUGUUCAUCCAUACCUGAGUGAGUCAGAGCCCGACUCUCAGAGUCAUGUUUUUCCUUUUUUAAUCGGGCUGCUUUAGCUGACGGGCUGUAAAUAUCAGUGGAUCUCAUUGUGGAAAGCAGGACCAAAGAUCAAAUGUGGAACACUUCACAUCUGACUUUGAUUCAUGAGGACAAUUAAGCCAAAUACAAGAGCUGAAGAUCCAUCGGAGCAGCAGAAUGACUUUGUUGUGAAGCUAAUAGGUUUGUGAGAAAAGAACGUGAAAAAAAAUUUACAAAAAGAAAAACAAGGAACUGGAUUUAAGAACGGAUGCUUUAUGUCAUUAUCACUGCAUUUCAACAAGUCACCAUAAAGAGGUGCUACUAGAAAUAAGGACUCUCACUGAUUAUUUUUUACACUGAAAGAGUUCUAAAAUACCUUAUUAGAAAAUAAAAAUAUGCAUCGACCUAAUGACUCUUGCGACCGUCGAGAUGUAAAGGUUCUGGCAUGUUAGUGUCCAGCUCAGAGCCCUGGAGCAUUCAGCUUUCUUUGUCAUUGAUCUCUUUAAUGUUUUGCUCUAACGCUGCCUAACCUGUGUGAUUUCAGGUGUUGUGGUUUGUAUGCAUAAAACAACUUUAGAUCCUUUAAAUGCCUGCUCUGGUGUUCCUCCCAGGGUCUGUGCUGUGUCACAGCCCAUCAUGAGCAGCAGGACAGAUUUGUUACAGAAUUUUUUUUAACCUUUUUUAGCAGCUUAGAGACUGGAAAGUCUGUCCAAUGAAAGUUGGGAAGUUUAGAAGGCGGAUGGCUUCUCUGUUCAGAUCAACAUGCUGCAGACACAAUAACACACACACACACAGCCUCUCUCCUGUCAAGUCUUGUAAAAAAAAGCAUUCUCACCUGCAUGCUGCUUUUUCUUAAUUUGUACAUGAAUCUUAAUUUAUUUGCCAUAAUGUGUAUAGUAGAAAUCAUUGUGCGCACAGACAAUGAAUUUCAUGUGUUGCCGUUUUUGCUCCAUCAGCAGUAUUUUAAAGAUAGUGAGGAGUUUUUUAAUUGCUCACAAUCCUGCACUCUUUUUCAUGUGUAAAGGUGUGUUUGUAUAGACAGAAAAAACAAAGCUGUAUUUGUAUCAUGUUGAUGUUUUCGUUGCAUUUUAAGGCCCCAUCUCCGAGGUGGGGGUGUGGGAGCGGAUUCCUGUGUCUGCUGCUGAGCUGUUUGUACAUUUGAGAAGGUGCAUGACAAAUACCUGUGACAUUACAUUUGUAGUCAACUGUCCUGCAGUUAGAAGCACUUUGAGAUACCUAACCUGGGCACAGGAACAGACUCCGGUUCAGAGAGGGCCCAUGUCUAAUAAAGAGGCUAUUAAACUGAUCACUGGAAGCCUUAAGAUCUGUGUGGAAAAAACAUUUUAGGGACCUGUGUCUGUUUUCUUGUCUGAACGGCUAAAAAUAACAAAAACAGGGUUCUCUUGUACAGUUUCUCAUUUUCUCACGACUGAAAACCACAAAGGAUUUUUUCCCCUCUGCUUGUUGAAACCUUCAUUACGUUAAAGUGCUUGAAACGUGUGCAUCUGCCCCUCCCUUCUCUCGAUGUUCGUAUCCUUUCUCUGAAUUAGCUGAAUGUGAUAGUACCUGUAGUUUGGUAGAUGGAUGUUCUGCUUUGACAAGAUACUUAAAAAAAAAAAGCCAAGUUAGUACAAUGUGGCUAAAUGUGAUCUAAAGAGAAACGUCUUAAGUCUCUCCCCGAGUCCCUUUGACAGCGUAGUUUGUACAUGUGAGUGUAUAACUAUGUCCUAUGAUGGUUUUUCUGAUGGUAUUUGUAUUUCUGUACACACUUUGGUGAUCCUGUCAUAUCUGGGUUUUAUAAACCAUGAUUAUUUUUAAAACUCA